AUGGAGCUAGCCCUGCCAGUGCAGGAAGGCUGGGGAACACCCAUGGAGCGGCUAACAACGGUGCAUUUGGCGAUGUCACAAGAGGCAACGAAGAGGGCGACGCCACAAGGGGCAUCGAAGGCGGUGCCCAUGGUGCGAUUGGAUACACCUCAAGGGCUGGAAAUGUAUGAGGUGACCGACGCCUUCAGCAACAUUGGAGCAGGCUUGGGCUUGGGCGACGUCGAAUCUGCCUCCAAGGGUUUGGGCAAUGUCAGGUCAGCUGCAAAGUCCUCAGGAUCGACCCAAGCAGGCAACACUAGCGAUGGGCGAAGCUUGAGCGACGUCAUUCAAGGCAACAUCGAUGGAAGUCUUGGGGUCAAUGCCUGGGUCGCAGGCUAG